AUGAUUUUUUCAGCAAGUCUAGCGUAUACUCUUUGGGUGUUUUUUCAAUGGCAAACUAAUUAAUAUAGCCCUAAAAUUACUAAUUUUGUAUAUGUUUCGAACUUUGAGCUAUUGGAUUUUGAUUAUGAUAUUAUCAAGAUUACUUACUAAGGAUACAAAGAAGGAAUGAUAGAUCCUUUUAAGGAGAAGGUUUUGAUACCACUCUUGAUUUAUACAGAAAAUUUUGAAUACGGUAAUGCUACAGUAUUGAGACUAUCCAAUUAAACAUCAUAUUAUGGCAAUAAUUUCUUAAUACCUAAAAUGAAAUUGGGUUUUUCAAAAGUGAAUGGCAAUUUAAUGACUACUUCGGAAAUGUAUGUAUAAAUCGUUAAAUGCACGCCAGACUUAUUGGAAAAGGAUGAAAAUUGUGCCUCUGAAGAAACAAUUCAGAAGUUUUUCAGUUAGCCACUAAAUUAUCUGGUUUUGCAGAUAAAAGGAAAAUAACUGAACUCAAACGAUGGUUAGGUUUAAACAAGUAUGUAGGAAUUUUAUAUUCAAAUUGAAGAAACAAGUUGUUAUACCUUUAAUAUUUUUCUUUAAAGCAAUUUUUACGAAGUCAAAGAUUCUCUUUUAUUUGGGUUGUCUAAAUAGAAUGAAUUUAUAAAUGGAGCACUAGUGCAAUCAUAAACCAAUUCAGCAUAGUAUUGUUACCAAGCUUAUGGUAAUGUUACUUAUGCUUCUUUUUAUAUAGCUAUGAAAGGAGAUCAAAUAAAGACCAUAUUUGAAUAUCCAACUGCAGGAGAUUUACUGGCUAAUAUUGGUUCAAUAGUCUCAAUAUUGUUCAUGAUUAGAUUUAUGAUAUUCUUUUUAAACGAUUACUAUUUGAACGAAAAAAUAAUCAAUGAUCUAAUCGCAUUUUACUAUCCAUAAUUUCACCAAGUAAGGUUUAAAAGAAAUUGGAGAAGAGAGAUUAUAAAAGUUAAAUUUCGAAAUGAAAACAUAGAUAUUGAUAAAUUUAAGAGAUUUUAUGAAAAAGCAAAAAGUAAAAUGGAAUAAAAGCUUACUUUUGAGAAUCUUAUAUAUGAGAUAUCUAGAAUUUAUAUUUUAAUUAGGGCUAAUAUGACAAGGGAAGAAUUAAAAAAAUCUCACCUAGUAGGUUUAAAUUUAGACUUUCUGUAUGAAAAAGAAGUGCCUAAAAAUUUUGUAUCAGAAUGUGAAGGUGGUAUUACACAGAAUGAGAAUGAAGCUCAAAUACUAAAUGAGGAUGAUGUUGCAAUUUUGAGUUUGUACGAAAAUAAAGUAGCACUAAAAACAAGGGUUUUUGAUGAAAAAUCAUAAAGAACCUUUUUUGAUAUAAACAGAAUAAGAUUGUGA